AUGAACAAGAUUCAAAUUUGUGUGUUGGUAGCGAUGUGUGUGGUUUUUGUUUUAGUAGCCUCACUGCUGGUAUUCAUUUUUUUGCGAUGGGGGCGCAAGCUACGCACCAAUUCAAAACUGGCUGACGCCGACGCAUCAGAGGGGGGUGGGUACCUGCUGCACUUUUUUGAUUUCUCCAGGACCCCGCAGGCUGUGGACAUUCAGGCGAUGUGCAUUACGGACGCGAAGUCGCUGAGGUCUGCUUUGGCGACAGCUUGCGGUCUACCAGAUGGCACACCGUUAACGCUUCUCUACGUGGAUGAGACGGGGAGAUCGGUGGAGAUGGAUCUUGAUCGACUGGUUCUUCCUGACGAGCAGUUGCGUAUGCGCAUGCGCCACACUGAAGAGAGACCGCUGCUGUUAUCGCAAGAGGUGAAAUCUCUCAGCUCCACUCCCGUAAAAUAUGAACAGGAGGAGCCUGCCAAGCAAAAGUAUAAAGGUGUUGUUGAUGUGACCUACACACGAAGUGGUGGGCGCGUCCCAGAUGUGCGCGGCGUCUCGCAGAGACCGUACACUAAUGGAUGUGUGCCACCCCCUAUCAUUUUGCCGCUCUCCUCCCGGAUUAGUUCUGCCACACCUGUAAGCAUCACAGCUGCGCGGUAUACCGUGCAGAGUAGCGGCGUUGUGCUUAAAGAGGAUGCCGCGGCUUUUGUGGAGGCAGCAAUGAUGGAGCGCACGAGACGCACCGUGACGCUACCAUAUGGUGCUCGUGUCACUGUGGAGCCUAAUGAACGCGCGGCGUGGCUGCUUGAUGAGAGUGGCAGAAGUGUGGGACUGCCUUUACUUCGUGAAGUGGCGGAGUCUGUGCGCUACACCGUAGACAACAUGAGCUCGGUGCAAUGGUGCCCGUAUACGCAGCCUAUUUUUCUUCCUCCUGGGCGCUGGUGCAUCCGCGCAGAGUCUUCAACGGCCGAUCGCUGCUCUGUUGAAACCGUCUCUCGGGUUUUCACUGUCGAUAUUGUGCCUUGGAAUCGGCGAAAAGAGGGGGGAGCUUAA